CUUGCCCCUUGAUGGUCCCAGCACAGUCUCAUCCUUGCAGCAACACGACUCAGCCUGCAGCUCCUCCUGAUAAGGCCCAGGCAGAGGGGUGGGGCAAGGCAGAUGGAAAUGCUUGCCCCUUGAUGGUCCCAGCAGUCUCAUCCCUGCAGCAGCAGUCUCAUCCCUGCAGCUCCUCCUGAUAAGGCCCAGGCAGAGGGGUGGGGCAAGGCAGGUGGAAAUGCUUGCCCCUUGAUGGUCCCAGCAGUCUCAUCCCUGCAGCAGCACAACUCAGCCUGCAGCUCUUCCUGAUAAGGCCCAGGCAGAGGGGUGGGGCAAGGCAGAUGGAAAUGCUUGCCCCUUGAUGGUCCCAGCACAGUCUCAUCCUUGCAGCAACACGACUCAGCCUGCAGCUCCUCCUGAUAAGGCCCAGGCAGAGGGGUGGGGCAAGGCAGAUGGAAAUGCUUGCCCCUUGAUGGUCCCAGCAGUCUCAUCCCUGCAGCAGCAGUCUCAUCCCUGCAGCUCCUCCUGAUAAGGCCCAGGCAGAGGGGUGGGGCAAGGCAGGUGGAAAUGCUUGCCCCUUGAUGGUCCCAGCAGUCUCAUCCCUGCAGCAGCACAACUCAGCCUGCAGCUCUUCCUGAUAAGGCCCAGGCAGAGGGGUGGGGCAAGGCAGAUGGAAAUGCUUGCCCCUUGAUGGUCCCAGCACAGUCUCAUCCUUGCAGCAACACGACUCAGCCUGCAGCUUCUCCUGAUAAGGCCCAGGCAGAGGGGUGGGGCAAGGCAGAUGGAAAUGCUUGCCCCUUGAUGGUCCCAGCAGUCUCAUCCCUGCAGCAGCACGACUCAGUCUGCAGCUUCUCCUGAUAAGGCCCAGGCAGAGGGGUGGGGAAGGCAGAUGGAAAUGCUUGCCCCUUGAUGGUCCCAGCAGUCUCAUCCCUGCAGCAGCACGACUCAGCCUGCAGCUCCUCCUGAUAAGGCCCAGGUAGAGGGGUGGGGCAAGGCAGAUGGAAAUGCUUGCCCCUUGAUGGUCCCAGCAGUCUCAUCCUUGCAGCAGCACGACUCAGCCUGCAGCUCCUCCUGAUAAGGCCCAGGCAGAGGGGUGGGGCAAGGCAGAUGGAAAUGCUUGCCCCUUGAUGGUCCCAGCACAGUCUCAUCCUUGCAGCAACACGACUCAGCCUGCAGCUUCUCCUGAUAAGGCCCAGGCAGAGGGGUGGGGCAAGGCAGAUGGAAAUGCUUGCCCCUUGAUGGUCCCAGCAAUCUCAUCCCUGCAGCAGCACGACUCAGCCUGCAGCUCCUCCUCAUAAGGCCCAGGCAGAGGUGUGGGGCAAGGCAGGUGGAAAUGCUUGCCCCUUGAUGGUCCCAGCACAGUCUCAUCUUGAUUUGCGGAUCCAAAACUACGUGAACAUCUGGAUGGAGGGAACGUAGGAGGACGACUGGAAAGCCAAAUGCUCACAAUUGUUUAUGGCCCUGACCUGGUCAAUAUAUCAUACUUGAACUUAGUAGCAGCUCAGGAAGACAUCGCAAAGGAAUGGUCGGAGGAAAUCUUCAGUCUGGCAACAAACCUGCUGGCACAGAACAUGUCAAGGGAUGCUUUUCUGGAAAAAGCAUAUACCAAACUUAAACUGCAAGUCACUACGGAGGGGCGAAUCCCUUUGAAGAACAUCUAUCGCUUGUUCUCCUCAGACAGAAAGCGUGUCGAGACUGCACUGGAAGCUUGUAGUCUUCCAUCUGCCAGGAAUGAUUCGAUUCCUCAAGAAGACUUCACUCCAGAAAUAUAUAGAGAAUUCCUGAGCAACUUCUGCCCUCGACCUGAAAUUGACCACAUCUUCCUAGAGCUUGGUGCCAAGAGCAGACCGUAUCUUACUGUUGACCAGAUGAUGGAAUUUAUAAACUUGAAGCAGCGAGACCCACGGUUAAAUGAAAUUCUUUAUCCACCCUUGAAGCAGGAACAGGUCCAGCAGCUGAUUGAGAAAUAUGAACCUAAUAAUAGUCUGGCUAAGAAAGGGCAGAUAUCAGUGGAUGGAUUUAUGAGAUACUUGAGUGGAGAGGAAAAUGGAGUAGUUCCACCUGAAAAACUGGAUUUGAAUGAAGACAUGAGCCAGCCUCUGUCUCACUAUUUUAUCAAUUCCUCGCACAACACCUACCUCACAGCUGGACAGCUGGCCGGUAACUCUUCUGUAGAGAUGUAUCGCCAAGUGCUGUUGUCUGGUUGUCGCUGUGUUGAACUGGACUGCUGGAAAGGCCGAACAGCAGAAGAAGAGCCAGUCAUUACACAUGGAUUCACCAUGACAACUGAAAUAUCCUUUAAGGAAGUAAUUGAAGCUAUUGCUGAAUGUGCAUUUAAGACAUCUCCUUUCCCUAUCCUCCUCUCUUUUGAGAAUCACGUGGAUUCCCCUAAGCAGCAGGCAAAAAUGGCAGAAUAUUGCAGAUUAAUAUUUGGUGAUGCUUUGCUGAUGGAGCCACUGGAAAAAUACCCACUUGAACGUGGUGUUCCUCUUCCAAGCCCAGCAGACCUUAUGUACAAAAUUCUGGUGAAGAAUAAAAAGAAGUCCCAUAAAUCUUCAGAUGGCAGUGGGAAGAAAAAAUUGUCUGAACAAGCUUCAAAUGCAUGCAGUGAUGCAUCCAGUGGAUUCGAGCCCUCUUCUCCUGGAGCCGGGGAAGCAGAGAUUGAGAGCGAUGAUGAUGAUGAUGAUGAUGAUGACUGCAAAAAAUCAUCAAUGGAUGAAGGGACAGCUGGUAGUGAGGCCAUGGCUACUGAGGAAAUGUCAAACUUGGUGAAUUACAUACAGCCUGUUAAGUAUGAGUCAUUUGAGACAUCUAAAAAACGGAACAAGAGUUUUGAAAUGUCUUCCUUUGUGGAAACCAAAGCACUUGAGCAGCUCACAAAAUCUCCUGUUGAGUUUGUGGAGUAUAACAAAAUGCAGCUGAGCCGAAUUUAUCCAAAAGGGACACGUGUUGAUUCCUCAAAUUAUAUGCCUCAGCUCUUCUGGAAUGCAGGCUGUCAAAUGGUUGCUCUUAACUUCCAAACUGUAGAUUUGUCUAUGCAAAUAAAUAUGGGGAUGUAUGAAUAUAAUGGCAAAAGUGGGUACAGACUAAAGCCAGAAUUCAUGAGAAGACCAGACAAGCACUUUGAUCCAUUUGCUGAAAGUAUUGUAGAUGGAAUAGUAGCAAACACUUUGUCUGUGAAGAUCAUUUCUGGACAGUUACUUUCUGACAAAAAAGUUGGGACAUAUGUAGAAGUGGACAUGUUUGGUCUGCCUGUGGACACAAGGCGAAAAGCUCUGAAAACCAAGACAUCACAAGGCAAUGCUGUGAACCCCGUAUGGGAAGAAGAAGCUAUCAUUUUUAAGAAGGUUGUUUUACCAUAUCUGGCAUGUCUGAGGAUAGCAGUCUAUGAAGAAGGAGGAAAAUUCAUUGGUCAUCGGAUAUUGCCGGUAUCAGCUAUUCGACCAGGCUAUCACUAUAUUUGCCUGAGGAACGAAAGAAAUCAGCCAUUGAUGCUGCCAGCCUUAUUUGUAUACAUAGAGGUUAAAGAUUAUGUACCUGAUACUUAUGCAGAUGUUAUUGAAGCAUUGUCCAAUCCGAUCAGAUAUGUGAAUUUAAUGGAGCAGAGAGCAAAACAGCUGGCAGCAUUGACUCUGGAGGAUGAAGAAGAAAUAAAGAAAGAGGCAGACCAGGGAGAUGUCCCUUCAGAAGCUAACAAUGAACCUAACCCUGCACCAGCUGAAAAUGGAGUAAACCACACCGCUUCCCUCACUCCUAAACCAUCCACUCAGGUUGUUCCUAGCCAACCAGCACCAGGUUCCGUAAAAGUGCCAGCAAAAACAGAAGAUCUUAUUCAGAGUGUCCUGACAGAAGUUGAAGCACAAACUAUUGAGGAAUUAAAGCAACAGAAAGCAUUUGUGAAACUUCAGAAGAAGCACUACAAAGAAAUGAAGGACCUUGUGAAGAGGCACCACAAAAAAACCACUGAUCUCAUAAAAGAACACACAACGAAGUAUAAUGAAAUCCAGAACGACUACCUGCGACGGAGGGCUGUCUUGGAGAAAACAGCUAAAAGAGACAAUAAGAAAAAGGGUGAAACUGGCAGUCCAGAUCAUGGCUCUUCAACUGUUGAACAAGAGUUAGCCACGCUUGAUUCAGAAAUGACCCAAAAGUUAAUAGAGCUUAAGGAAAAGCAACAGCAGCAGCUGCUUAAUCUUCGGCAAGAACAGUAUUAUAGUGAGAAGUACCAGAAGCAAGCGCAUAUUAAAUUGCUUAUUCAGAAGCUGACAGACGUAGCGGAGGAAUGCCAGAGCAAUCAAUUAAAGAAAUUGAAAGAGAUUUGUGAAAGAGAAAAGAAAGAGUUGAAGAAAAAGAUGGACAGAAAGAGGCAGGAAAAAAUCACAGAAGCUAAAUCAAAGGACAGAAGUCAAAUGGAUGAGGAGAAGACAGAAAUGAUUCGGUCAUAUAUUCAGGAGGUGGUGCAAUACAUUAAAAGGCUAGAAGAUGCUCAAAGUAAAAGGCAGGAAAGACUUGUGGAGAAACACAAGGAGAUUCAUCAGCAAAUACUGGAUGAAAAGCCUAAGUUACAGGCCGAACUCGAUCAAGAAUACCAAGACAAAUUCAAAAGACUCCCAUUGGAAAUUCUGGAAUUUGUUCAAGAAGCAAUGAAAGGCAAAAUUAGUGAAGAUGGAGAUCACAGCUCUACCACUUCUUCCCUGGCAUCUGAUGGUGGAAAAAUGAACCAUAAACCACAGCAAAAUGAGGAGCUGGAAGAUAAUCCAGGAAAAGUGUUUGAUACUCCCCUUUAACAACUCCUGCAAGGUCACAUAUCUAAAUUACCAUGGCACAGCAAGUCCCCACCUUGUUCCCCAGAUACUCUCCUCUUGUGAAUGGGCAGCUUCAGAUACAGAAGACAUCUGUAGGGACAGUGCAUAUUUCUAAAAGGAGCGGUUGGUGAGGAAAUUAUAUGUUGCUUGUAAGCCUUCUUUGUUUUGUUAGCUUUUGAGGGUGGAUUACUAGUCCACUUUUACAUGGGUAAUUUUCAAGCCACGUGCAAUCUGGAGCUCUCUGUGGGGACCAGCGUGUUUCGUGAAGGUAAAUGUACAUAGACCUCCCUGUGAAGUAGCAAUGAGAAAAAAUAUUCCAAACGUUGUCAUAAAAAUCUUUUAUCAUUUAUUUCCUCCUUUGCACCUUGAAAGCUUGUAUCAUCUUAAUAAUUGCACUGAGCUUUUCUUUUGUUUCCUUUUGUUUGCAAACACCAGUAACUUGAGUUGUUGACGAUUAUCUGCUUUGAGGUGUUCUUUUGAAACCGUGCUGACUUGCAUAACUUUCUAAGCUGAAAUCGCUUCAAGGAGAACGCAUGUGCUUGUAUAUCCUUCAUAUGUGAUAUGGAUUCACAUAGAUGAGUAUGCACACACAUACAUAAACCACUAUGUAUGAGCAGAGGAUGCAAGGUCUUGCUGGGAGCCUUCUCUUGUGGCAAAAUAAAAAGUUUCAGGGAUAAGAUCUGAUAUAUCUGAUAUUUCUGGAUCAGUGAUAAAAAGUCAUCUGGUAUCAUUACUAAGCAAUCAUUAAAUCACUAGAAUAUUUUAAUGUACUAUCGUAUAUUGUUUUCAGAUAUAAAUUUGUGGAUUCAAGAGUAUUGUUUUAGUUAUUUUUGUUGCAUUAUGUGACCUGUUAUUAAAGUUUUGAACUAUAUUAUCUGACAUGCAGACAUCUCUUCCAUAGUUUUCAAAAAUGUAUGGUAUGCAUGUAGGAAAUGCCAUCUCCAAAAUGUAUAUAAAACUCAGAUAUUUUAGAGCUAGAACAUUUGUGAAAAGGGAAAGAAAAUAGGCAGAAGGUUAUGGAGAACUUGAGUUCUGAUCCUGCAAUUUCUUUAUACAUUCAACCUUAGAAAGGUUACAGCCCAUCUUAACAUAAUAGAAUGACUUUGUGGAUAAUAUUGAAACACUAAAUUUUGUUCUGACUUUUAAUACCUAACAGCAUAUAUGUAGUUUACGUUCCCUCAGGAGUUCAGUAGAAAUAAGUUAUUUUAUUUAAAUGUAAGCAAUAAAUAGAGAUCAAAUUUAAGUUUCAAGUUAAAUGCUGAGUGUACAUAGGGAAAUAAAACUUUGGCUGAACAGUAUUUUUUUCUUCUUAAUUUACAACACGCAGGAAGAAAUGUUGCACACUGUUUAAGAGUACAUUAAAAAUGAAAUGUACUCUGCUUACAUCACCUGGUGUAACUUAGAGGGCCUAACUCAACUGAGGCUUUCCUUUUGAUUUUAAGAAUAUGACUCCUGUCAUUUAUUCUACUUUUGCACUUUGAAGAUCAAUAUUAUUAAUCAUUAAAUACAAAACCUGGAAGGGUCAAAGUUUAAUGCUGCAUUUUAUAAGAUUAAGGUUGAAUAAAUUUGUUUUAAGUUAGAAAGAUACAAUAAUAGUAUUCACAACAAUUCUAUUUCUUUGACAUGCUUGUAUAUUGCAGCUUCAAAUAGUCUAGGAGAAAUACUGAUGAGCUUUUUAAUUUAUGAAAUAAAAGUUAAUGGUUUGACAGAGUAUAUUAUCAGCUGUAGUUGGUUUUCAGUACAUUUGUAUUUGACCAUUGACUGUCCUUACUUUUUAAAAUAUCUGUACAGUGCCCUUUUUUGCAGUUGUAGUUUAGUGUGUAAUAUUGUAUACCUUGCAUUGUUCCAACUUACAGUGAUAUAUCAUUUACAAUUAAUAUUACUUGAAAUAAAGUAAGGUAAUGAAAAAGGAGUCUAUGAUGUCAGAGUCUUGUGCCUUUUAUGUAUUUGCCUUGUUACGUGUUGAACAUGUAGAAAUAAUAUGCUGUGGACAUUUCUGCUUUAGAGAAUAGAGCUACAUUGUAUUACACUGAAUUCCAUCGUACACUUCUGAUCUCUUCACCCUACUGAGAAUCAUUUUCUUUUAUUAACUGUAGCUGAAUCAUAGCUCAUAAACGCCAGACAUUUUGAAUCUUACAUGGUUGUAAGAAUGGAAAGAGAUUUCCUUAAAAGAACUAAAAGCCCAGGGACAUAGCUUCCCUUCCUUUCAAACUAAUGUUGCUCUUGUACAUUCAUAUAAACACUGUAUGUGAUUGGCUGAUUGGAAAUAAUGACGUGCUUUAUAUUAGGAAAAUCCUCUCAUUUACCAUGUAUAUAAUUUGGUUUCUCAAUCUUUUAGAGGCAUAAUACACAUUUUGUAAAAACCCUAUGCAAUUUUGUGGCAUGAUGUUUCUUCCACUUGUAAUU